AUUAACCCAAAUUCCCCACGAUCCCUCUCUUCCCCCAGCAACAAUUUCCCAGCAAAAAUAAACCACCGCCACCCUUGUUUUCCCCCCAGUACGAGAGGCAAAGCGGAGCAGCGAGUAGUCGGAAGCUGGUGCCUUUCUAUCGACGAUGAGAUUGGUACAAAGACAAAUAGGAGCGAGGGCGUCCGAGAGACUACGGAGGAGUAGCAGUGUAACAAGGGAAAAAGAAAUUGGUAUAAAGGGUGUAAUGUGUGCUGUGUCAUGUACUUUGAAUAUUGUUGAGUAUCUGGUGAUGGAAAGCUGAAUGUCACGAAAGAAAAGUACAUUAUCAUUGUUAAUAAGCAUGCUUGGAAAUCAAAAGGUGGAAGACAAAGAACAAAAGGCUUGCUAUCAUUCUUAAUAGUCAUCAUCG